AUGAAAAACUUGUUCUAUUUGAAGAUUAGCAGGUUGUCAUGGGUUUUUUUGAUAAAUUUCUUUGAGAAUAAAGAAUGUAAAUUUAGAAAUGAUGGUCUUGGAUAUCUAUCAGUGUUGGAAGAUACAUUCUUGUUGGAAGCAAUCUUUGAUGAGCUGACAGUACCAGAGUUGUUGUCGUUACAACGAGUCAGUCCUGCUUUCUAUGUGAUGUUGAAUGAUGAUCGACUUUGGAUGGAUGCAUUCUUUAGAGAGACAACCAAUAACACUGCACAGCGCGGCAACAUUGUCUAUUACAUAAGUUGGAAGCUGUCGGCAGUGAAAUACCUCUAUUCGAAUGGUCGUGACAUGUCUGCAUUCCCAAUGGCACAACUCAACUUCCCGUUGUUCCAAUCGAUGGUGAUCUACACCCGAUGGCUUCGUAGACACAUGCAAAUCAAGGACUUCAAAGUGGAGGAUUCCGGCUUGGUUGACAAGUGCGAUGCAUCGCUCUUGACCUAUGAACAGUUUGUAGAGCGAUACGAACGUCCAUCCAUCCCAAUGGUGUUCACCAACGGUCAGCUAGACUGGCCAGCCAACACUGAAUGGACAAAACAACGACUGAUCGAACGAUUCGGAGAUGUUUGUUUCAAGAUUAGUCAUGGCGAUCACAAGAAUAUCCCGAUGCGAUUCGCCGACUAUGUUCAGUACAUGGCAACACAAAACGAUGAGGAACCACUCUAUGUAUUUGACCAAUCGUUUGGCGAGAAAGCACCGGCAAUGCUCAACGAAUAUAAAGUACCGAGCAAGUUCUUCCCAGAGGAUCUCUUCCAGUUUCAAAACGAUAAGCGUCCACACUACCGUUGGAUCGUAAUAGGACCACCUCGUUCUGGUGCACCUUGGCAUAUCGACCCAGCAGGAACGAGCGCAUGGAACAGUCUUGUCUCUGGAUGCAAACGUUGGCUCAUGUACCCACCUUCCUCCACACCAAUCGGAGUAUCAAUGGACGACGUCGAUGAAAAGUUCUAUGGUGGUCCUGCAUCCCUACUUUGGCUGCUCGAAGUCUACCCAUAUCUUCCACCAGAUCAAAGACCAAUCGAAGUUAUUCAAUAUCCAGGUGAAACUAUAUUUGUACCUGGUGGUUGGUGGCACAUGGUUUUAAAUCUUGAGGAAUCAAUUGCUGUUACUCAAAACUUUUGUGAUUCACAAAAUUUCCUUAAAGUUUGUGAUGAUUUAAUUGGUCAUAAAAAGAAUGGUAAAGAAUAUCAUGAUUUUAAAAAACUAUUAUUAGCGGAUCGUCCAGAGUUUGAAAGUAAAUUCAAAGAGUUUGAAUUGACAAAUUCACAAUUUCAACACGAUUUCUCUGAUCUUGUUUAUUGGGGUCCAUUGGUACAAGAGGUCUUCUCGAGACACUUUCCAAAUCAAUCGUUCACUGCCGAUGAUUUCCAGGUCGCCUCUAGUGAGUCUGGUCAGAGUCCUGUAUUUUUUGUAAAUAGAAACUAUGUUGUAAAGUUUUUCUGUACAAAGUAUGGUGGAGAAGAUAGUUUCCUUCGUGAACGUCAUCUCUACUCGCUCAUCAAAGACAAUCAAUAUCUGGCAUCAAUCACACCAUCGCUACUUGGAAGCGGUUAUUUACUAGAUGGAAACUUCAAGCCAAAGAAAACAGAGGUCGAUGAUUCCGAAUCGUCAAUGCUUUGGAAAUGGCCAUAUAUCAUUACCAACUUUUUCGAUGGUACAAGUCUACAGGAUGUUCAAGAUGUACCAGAUGAAUUACCAUUCCCAUAUCCACCUACCGAGGAAGAAGAAGAGGAGGAUGAUGAAGAUGAAGAAGAUGGAGAGAUACCACCAACUAUAGAUGAUAAAAUAUUAAUACCAAUGCUUGCCAAGUUAAUGAUGAAUAUUCAUAAUCUACCAUUAAACAUGGAAAAUAAUAAUCCAUAUUUCAAUCAAGACAACAGCAGCAGCGCAGAUCUUUGGAGUGUUUGGAGAUUACAUAUCAAGAACAAGUUACUUGCCAAUACCAAAGAGAAUCUAUGGAAUUGGGGUGGAUUACCUACUCAAUUACUCAAGAUGGUCGAUGCUUACUUACCGGUCGAUCUAGAUUCAUAUAUCGACAAGACACUUCCUCCUUGUUAUAUUCAUGGUGAUCUCACUGAUGAAAAUAUUCUAGGUGACAUUAUCAUUCAGCCCAAGAAAAAGAAGCUCAACCUUAAACAACUUAAAAUUCACCCAACACCCAACAACAAAAAGUUGAGCAUCCAUUCAAAGAAACAACCUACAAAAGCCAAACAAGCUGCAACCGCCUCACUACCCGAGGAGGAAGAACAAGUGGAGGAAGAGGAGAUUUGGCAAGCAAACAAGUUAAUCGAUUUCGGUGAUUCAAACUUUGGUGAUAGAUACUACGAAUUGGUUUCACUACACCUCUCCAUUUUCGCUGGUGAUAAGAACAAGUUGCGCAGCUUUUUGAAAUGCUACGAAGUGCCCUCUACUACUAGCCAACCAACAACAACAACAACUAAAAAGACUUGGUUGGAUGUCUACAAUGAAAACCCAUCACAAUUCAUCAAACGUUGUAUGUGCUACACAUUGAUUCAUCACUGCAAUGCACUUACAACAAUUGUUCGUCAUGUUCCCGAUUGCCUAAACGCCAAUACCAUGGAAGAACUAGCCAGAUUAAUCUAUGAUAUUGAUUAUAUAAUCGGAGAAUAG